AACCCCAAUGACAUUGUGCCAAGGCGAUUAAAUAAAAGCAAUAAAAACUAUAAAAAUGUCGUAGCUUCUAAAGUUAGGGUUUCUGAGAUCAAGCUAAAGGAAGCGCAAGAGGCAGCAACUACCUCAGUCCGCCACCAUGGGUCGCAUGCACAGUCGAGGUAAGGGUAUUUCAGCUUCCGCUUUGCCUUAUAAGAGGACACCGCCCAGUUGGCUGAAGAUAUCUGCUCAGGAUGUCGAGGAUAACAUCUGCAAAUUUGCAAAGAAAGGCUUGACUCCAUCUCAAAUUGGUGUCAUCCUUCGUGAUUCUCAUGGUAUUGCCCAAGUGAGGAGUGUUACUGGUAACAAGAUUUUGCGGAUAUUGAAGGCACAUGGGCUUGCUCCUGAAAUACCUGAAGAUUUGUACCACCUCAUCAAGAAAGCAGUUGCCAUUAGGAAACAUUUGGAGAGGAACAGGAAGGAUAAAGAUUCCAAAUUUAGGUUGAUUUUGGUUGAGAGCAGGAUCCACCGCCUAGCUCGCUAUUACAAGAAGACAAAGAAGCUUCCACCAGUAUGGAAAUAUGAAUCAACUACUGCCAGCACCCUUGUGGCAUAGUCAAGUAUUUGCUUCUGGUUACUUGCCUGAAGUUGCUCCUGCAUAAAGCUGGUCUCGGUUUUCCAAUGUCAGUUGUUAUUUCUUUUUAGUUAAGGACUUGUUCGCAGGUGUUUUAAGCAAAGAUUCAAAGAGGUGACAAAAGGUCUUCAUUUUAUGUUUCAGAUUGGUCUAUCUUUUCUUGGCUUCUUUUCUAAUUGUCCUAAACUAGAAAUUCUUUUUCUAAUUUUUCACUAUUUAGGUUGAAACUCGCAUGUGUGCCAGUUUUUGGUUUUGUCAAGAUUUUAAGUUUGCUUAGAUCGUGAA